CAGGGACUAACAGGACAGGGAAAGCAUAGAAAGAAGGUAGACCAGGUCGACAAAUAUGCCUUACGUGUCCAGGAAGUUCAUCAGGUGGAUGCUGGUGACCGUUCCGGCGCUCACUAUAAUCUACUUUAUCUUUGUCUCGGAGAGAGGCAUCGACCCGUCCUCGUUCGACACCAGCGACUUGUUUGGGACGAACGACGGCUACGGGAUUGAGUACAACAGGAAGCUCAUGUCAGAGGCCAGCACGGCGUCCAAAGAGAUUCCUGUUGGGGGAAUGACGUGGGAAGAGGUGGAGCACCAAUUGACGUUUGACCAGAACUUGCUAAAAAACAUCGAAGACAACAUGGUCGAGGAGAACAUGGAUUUUUUCAGGGAGGUGUACUCGAAGAGAAUCACCGAGCCGAAGUUUUCAAAGUUGACGUACAACGAGUACGUCAACAGCGAUGGUGUGCGGGUUGUGUUGGGCAAGGACGAAUAUCCUCGGGCCAACGCAACCCUCCUCACCUUGGUGAGAAACCAAGAGUUGAAGGACAUUAUCCACACCUUGAGACAAUUGGAAGCUAACUGGAACCACAAGUUCCACUAUCCUUACACGUUUACCAACGACGAACCUUUUACUGACGAGUUCAAAGAGACUAUCCGCAGACACACUGUAAGCGACUGCUACUUUGAGGUCAUUCCCCCUGAGAUCUGGAACAAACCUUCCAACAUUGACCCCGACAUUGAGCGGGAGAAGAUCUCGAAGUUGACGGAGAAGGGUGUUUUGUACAUCGACAAGGACUCGUACCACAACAUGUGCAGAUUCAACUCCGGUUACUUCUAUCAUUUGGAGAGAUUAAAACAAUUCAAAUACUAUUGGAGAUUUGAGCCUGCCACUGACUACUACUGUUCCGUGGACUACGAUCUUUUCAAGUUCAUGGAAGACAACAACAAGACGUACGGCUUUACUAUCUCUUUGUACGACAACCCACUUACCGUGGAAACCUUGUGGCCCGUCACAUUGGAUUUCCUCAAGGAGAACCCGCAAUACGUUCAUCCAAAUGGUGCCUUCAGGUGGUUGACCGAAAAUGUGCAGCACCCAGACUACACUAAAACAACUGGCGGUUACUCUACUUGCCAUUUCUGGUCCAACUUUGAGAUUGGUGACAUGGAUUUUUACAGAGGAGAAGCAUACACCAAGUGGAUGGACGCUCUUGAGGAAGCCGGUGGAUUCUACUAUGAGAGAUGGGGUGACGCUCCUGUACACUCUGUGGGAUUGGGUUUGUUUGAAGACAGAUCGAAGAUCCACUGGUUCAGAGAUAUCGGUUACCACCACUCUCCUUAUAAGAACAUUCCAAACUCAGAUAAGUGUAAUGCUCCAGAAGACUCUGGGUAUUUUUCACCAGAAGAUGUUUAUGAUCAAAAUUGUUUGAGUAACUGGAUCAGAUUGGAGAUGACCAACAAAGAACUUCAAACCUAUUGAGGCCUAAACGUUAUUACACCAACAUAAACAAAGCAAAUUCUUUGUUUCUCUUGUUACUUUUUGUAUAUUCAUGCUUUUCUUUUCAUGCAUACUAUUACGCUAUAGCGAAUGAGCUUAUCAGCAAGUUGAACUGCCAUUUGCUCCACAAUUUUGAGGCUUUCUACAAGACGUUUACUCUUAUAGUACCAAUUCUUUUUUACCUUAUAGCUUUUCUUUGUAGGAAAAUAAUCAAAGUACAAAA